AGGACCAUAGGGUGUGCUCUGUGUGCUCACUGGGUUGUCUGCUGUACUCCAACCAAACCAGCCUGUGCUGCUCUGGGCCAGGCUUGGCUACUGGGUACUGUGCUGGUGCCAUACAAACAGAGUGUUGUGCCAAAACAGGGCUCGAGCUUAGCUUAGCUGAGCCAUGGAUAAGAAGCGUUCAGCGGGUCGAGAUUGCGGGAGAUGAGAUGAGCCAUGAAUUUGGAUUGCCUGCAGUUGGGGGACUGGUGUUCAGGGGCCCGAGGGGGUCCAUGGCUGCGCCACACUGAGGAGGACCAGGGUGGAGGUGGUGGGGGCCGGGGAAAGAGGAGCGCAGCAGGAGGUCAACCCAGGCUGGAGGUGCCUCUCCUGGGAGGACCCUGGCUCAACUCGGAGGAACUAAGGAGCAGCGUGGUGGUGCUCUAUGCUCCUGCUGGGAACACAUGCUUCCUCCGACUGAGCUCAGGAAUGGAGGAGACUGUUUGGGAGCAGUACACUGUGAACCUACAGAGGGACUCCAAGAUGGGGUUUGGUAUCGCUGUGUCGGGGGGGCGGGACAACCCCAACGUGGAGAAUGGCGAGAUGUCAAUCAUCGUGUCAGAUGUCUUGCAGGGAGGACCAGCUGAUGGACUACUGUUUGAAAAUGACCGUGUGAUCCAAGUCAACUCCAUCCUCAUGGACAACGUGCCUCAUUCCUUCGCUGUGCAGCAGCUACGCAAAUGUGGGAAGACCGCCAAGAUAACGGUGAAGAGACCUCGGAAGGUGGCUCUCCACUCCCUGAAACACCCUCCCUCCCCUGGUGCCGAGAGUCGAGACUUCGGCUCCACCCGCUACUACGAUGCCGAUGACAACCAGAGCGACGGGGGCUGGCAUCGUGGCAAUGGUGGUCCUGGUUACAACCGCGAGCCUCGCGACCUCACCCCCGACAACAAGAGCUACCUGGACCCCAACUACGGCAGCCGUGGUAACCGGGGGAGAAGCCGGGGGAGGAGCAAAGAGAGGGCGUCGCCAAGCCCAGAGUUUCACCACGACAACAGCAGUGGGCGGGCCUUGGACCGGGAGCCGCCCAGUCCAGAGAGGCCACAGUAUUCACGGGAACGCAGCCGGGGGAGGAGCAUGGACCGGGAGAGACGAGGGGGAGGAGGAAGUCCAGGUGGGAGGAGCUACAGCCGGGAAGACAGCUACGAGCGAGGAGGGGGGAGGUACGGGGAUGGGGGAGGUACCGGGGGGAGGAUGGUGAAGAGUAAAAGUAGAGACAACCUCCGUUCUCCGCCCCGUUCGCCCUCUCCUGACCUCCCCCGAGGAGGAGCUAGAGACCUGGAGCCCCUGGAGAAACCUGUUAACGUCCUGCUGGUCAAGAACAGACCCAACGAAGAGUAUGGUCUGCGUCUGGGCAGUCAGAUAUUCAUCAAGGAGAUGACCAGUACAGGACUGGCUGCCAAGGACGGAAACCUACAGGAGGGAGACAUUAUCCUCAAGAUCAAUGGGACAGUAACAGAGAACCUGUCUCUGAACGAUGCAGGGAAGCUCAUAGAGAAGUCUAGAGGAAAACUCCAACUGGUCGUCCAGAGAGACCGCCGCCAGAUCCUCAUCCGUAUCCCGCCCCUCGUAGACUCCGACUCCGAACCUGAUGAUAUCUCAGAGAUGGAGUCCUACUCCCCACAGGAGGACCGUAGAUCUCGCCAGUCGGACCCAUCUUCCCACUCCUCCAACGAGAGAGAGAACCCCAGACCUCUAACUAGCCUGGAAGACUCUCCCAGGGUAGCCAAGAUGUCUGCCAUGGCCUCGCCCUUUAGAGUGCCCCCCCUACAGGACCCAAACGCCCCGGGCCCUGCCAUACUGACCUCAGAGGGGCUGCCACGCCUUGACGAGCAACCAGCGUCAGCAAAGAUUACUCCUAAGAUUCUGCUACGCCCCAGCCCAGAGGAUGAAGAGCUCUAUGGCACUAACACAGUGAUGGUGAGUUUCCAGAAGGGGGACAGUGUGGGCCUGAGGCUGGCGGGGGGUAACGAUGUGGGCAUCUUCAUCGCUGGCAUCCAGGAGGGUAGUCCUGCCGAGGAGGAGGGGCUACGCACAGGAGACCAAAUCAUGAAGGUGAAUAGCGUUGACUUCCGCGGCAUCGUGAGAGAAGAGGCUGUUCUGUUCCUGUUGGAGAUUCCUAAAGGAGAGGACGUCACCAUACUGGCCCAGAGUAAACCUGAUGUCUACAAUGACAUCCUGGUAUCUGGUCGUGGUGACUCGUUCUUUAUCAGGACUCAUUUUGAGUAUGAGCGGGAGGCUCCCCAGAGCCUGGCCUUCUCCAGAGGGGAGAUCUUCAAAGUGGUGGACACUCUCUACGAUGGCAAGCUGGGCAACUGGCUGGCCAUCCGCACCGGCAAGGACAAACAGCUGCUGGAGAAAGGCAUCAUCCCCAAUAAGAGCAGGGCUGAUCAGAUUGCGAGCGUACAGAACUCCCAUAAGGCUGCUGGCACAGACCGCGCCGACUUCUGGCGUCUGAGAGGUCAAAGGGCAGCCAAGAGGAAGGAGCUGAGGAAGAGCAGAGAGGAUGUCAGCGCUACGCCCAUCGCCACACGCUUCCCUGCGUACGAGAGAGUCGUGCUCAGAGAGGCUGGUUUCAGACGUCCUGUGGUUCUGUUUGGGCCUAUAGCUGAUGCAGCCAAUGACAAGCUAGCCAACGAGCUGCCUGACCUGUUUGUCAUCGCCAAAACGGAGCCUAAAGAUGCCGGGUCGGAGAAAUCCUCAGGAGUGGUGAGACUUAACACCAUCCGCCAGAUCAUCGAGCUGGACAAGCAUGCCCUGCUGGAUGUGACUCCCAAGGCGGUGGACACUCUGAACUACACCCAGUGGUACCCCAUCGUCAUCUUCUUCAACCCAGACAGUAAACCAGGGGUUAAGGCCAUGAGGCAGAGGGUGAUACCUGGUUCCAACCGCAGCGCUAGGAAACUAUAUGAACAGGCUGUCAAACUGAGGAAGACCUGCUCUCACCUAUUCACUGCUACUAUUGAUGUGAACUCGGCCAACGAUGCGUGGUAUGGCAGUGUGAAGGACUCUAUCAGGGAGCAGCAGACUCAGGCUGUAUGGGUGUCUGAGGGGAAGCUGGACUGGACGGAGAUGGACCUUGAUCUCCAUGACGACCGCAUGUCAUACCUGUCAGCCAUGUCAGCCGACUACCUGAGCAUGGACAGCCGAUUGGCCAGCGACUACGAUGACACGGCGGAUGAGGGUGGGGCUUACACGGAUAACGAGCUGGACAACGAGCCGGCUGACCAACUGCACGUGUCCGCUAUCAGCCGCUCCUCUGAGCCCGUGCUGGCUGAGGAGAUCCUGCGCAGGUGUAGUCCAGAGAUCCGUGGUCGUGUCAGGAGGGUGGGCAGCAGGGAGGUGCUCAGCAGCGCCAGCCCACCCCCCGCGUUUGUACCUGACCCCCCCAAGGUAAAGCUGCUGUUCAGGGAUGAGGUAGUCCCUCCCAUAGGGUCAUACGAGCCCCCCCCCAGCCGAGGCUACGACUCCCACUCCUCCAGCCCUGCCAGCGAUCCCCCUCCUCUCCCUCGCACCCUUAACUCAUUUGGCAAGGCCAAGCCACUGGCACCUCCCCCCAUCGCCAUCAAACCUUCCUAUAAUACCCAGGACACCACCCGCAGCACAGCCCCAAACACAGCGGCCUUUAGGGGCCCGGAGGAGCCAGGGGAGAGCCCUGAGGACCCCAGCCUCAAGUCGUUCCUGGGGAAGAUCAAGGCCUUUGAGAAGAUGGACCACUUUGCACGCACUCAGAGGAUGCUGGAGCUGCAGGAGGCCCAGAACGCCAGGUUGGAGAUAGCUCAGAAGCACCCAGACAUCUAUGCUGUCCCUGUGAAGACCCAGAAACUGGAUCACAGCCGGCCUCAGCCUAUAGGUUCCAGCUCACGUCCUGAGCCUCAGACCCCUCCCUCCAAGCUGCCAUACUCUGAGAGUUGUGGGUUCUACCCCAGCGAAGAGGAAGAGUACCGACGCCAGCUGGCAGACCACACCAAGAGAGGCUACUACCAGACCAACAACCAGAAAUACCAGGACACAGAACUUUAGACUAUGCUACCAACAGCCAUAAAAUACCAGGACACUGAAUGAAGUGUAGCACUACUACGUGCCCACCUACCUACCCUACCACACCCACCUACCUACCCUACCACACUAAACUGUAGUGCCCCUUCUCUCCUGGACCCCCGACUACCCUUAACACCCUAAAGUAACAAGACACAGGGCUGGUUGACAGAGACACCCACACACUGCUGAGCCUUGCUCUGAUUGACUCAGUUCAGCGCACACAAACGCACACUCAAUUCCACCGGGACUCUGCCCCCCUCCCCUGACCCUGCACCAAUACGCUGCUGACUCGGAAGCUGGCCAGUUUUAAGUUUUUCUUAAAACCGCUUUUUUGCUUCAAAAAGUGGAUAGUUACCUCACUGUUAUUAUUCUUGUUUAAUUUCUAUUUGCUUGUUUGGUUGAGUUCUUUUUUGUUACACCGAUCUGUGUUAUUGUUAUACCGAUCUGUGUUAUUGUUAUACCGAUCUGUGUUAUUGUUACACCGAUCUGUGUUACUGUUACACCGAUCUGUGUUACUGUUACACCGAUCUGUGUUACUGUUACACCGAUCUGUGUUAUUGUUAUGAUCCAUUUAAUCAGGAUGUUAUUUCUUGCCUAUGCAACUCCUUCAGUUUGCUGCCUGCAGAGCAACUGAAACCUAUUACCACGAGUCCCUCUCUGCACUCCACAAGAACCUUAAACCUUACGAGUCCUCCAAGCUGUAUCUUCUUCUCGUUACUCCUUUCCUUUUGUACUAUAUCCAACAUUAUAACCAGCUGUCUCCAAACUAUUUUAAAAGGUCACAUAUAUAUUAUUAUAUAUACAAUGUCUGGUGUUUAUACUCCUCCAUCUUUGCAUUCCUUCGUGUGUGUGUGUGUGUGUGUGUGUGUGUGUGUGUGUGUGUGUGUGUGUGUGUGUGUGUGUGUGUGUGUGUGUAUACAUAAUAUAUAUAUAUAUAUGAGAGAGAUCGAGAGAGCGAACGAAAGAGGCAAUAUAUUAUAUAUACAAUACACUGGAAUGUAAGAUUUUUUUAAGUGCCUUUUACUUUAUGAAUAACAUAAUGAGGUUUGGGGACAUCUGACCAUGCAUGGCACCCCUGUCCCCUGGACCACACCACUCUGCUGCUCUCAAGCUUUUAGGGAAAACAGGGAACAAGAGACACCAAAACCUUAAUACUGUCCCCACUGUACCGUCCCUUUGUCCCUUCCUCCACAACGAUAAUAUCCGUAACCAGUCCUGUCCCCCAGAGACAUGUCCAACAUGGGAACAGCAUUUAAUCAAAACCGCCUCCUGAGUGGCGCAGCGGUCUAAGGCACUGCACCGCAGUGCUAGAGGCGUCACUACAGACCCGGGUUCGAUUCCAGGCUGUGUCGCAGCCUGCCGCGACUGGGAAACCCAUGAGACGGCGCACAUUGGCCUAGUGUCGUCCGUGUUAGGG